AUGGGCUCUCUUGUGGUCCAUCAGUUUUACUUCACCGUUCUAAUAAUUUCGAUAGCAAGAAAUCCACGUGUCUAUGGGGACAUGUACACCGCGUCAGCCGAUUUGGCAAGUGUCUUCAGUCUGGAACAACAAAUAGUCGACAUCCUUGGAGAACUUGUAUCCAAAACAGAAGCAAAAUUAGCAGUUAUUCGCAAGUACCUUAAGGAUUACGAGCAAAGCGUCGUCAAGGAAAAGAUAGCCAACGAAGAAGAGUUUAUGGAACACUUGACUGGAAAUCCGAUUCACGCUUAUCGAUUGAUGAAGCGACUUUGUUUCGAUUGGGAAACAGUCGAGAAGGAAAUAAAAGUUGACAACUGGCAAGACGCAGUAAGUCAACUGGAACGCGUUCGAUUGAACGAAAGAUUCCCAAAGGAAGAGGAUUUAUUCGGUGCUACAUCUGCCCUCGUUCGGCUGCAAGAUACAUACGAACUGAACAUGACUGAACUGGUCAGAGGAAACUUAUGGGGCCGAGAAACUCACGCAGAACUGACUGCCCUAGAUUGUUUAUUCAUGGGCAAACAUGCAUUUAACGACGGAGCUUACGCUCGGGCAGUUGAGUGGUUUGAAGAAUCUUACAUCUUAGCCGGAAUGGAAAACAAUGAAACCAUCAAACAGGAUCAUAUUGCGGAAAUUAUUCAAUACGCUAUCGACAAGCACGACGACAAUUUGCAAGAAGCCCAACAAAAUGCACCAAUGUCCGUCCUGUCCGAUUCCAGCUCAUUCCGACUGCCUUUGAAAGAGAAACCAGCCAUCGCCCAGCGGAGUGAAAUGAUCCGCAGCCGCAAGUACGACGAGGAUGACUUUGCAAAAUUUAACGCCCUUUGUCGGGGUGAAAAGCUUUUGGGCGAAGACAGCCUGUCGCAACUUAAAUGCUGGUUUGACUCUCGCCGCCAGCCAUAUCUCCUCCUCAUGCCAAUUAAAGUUGAGCAGCAUUCCAUCGAGACGGAAAUUUACACCUUUUAUGAUGUUCUGAGUGAUGAAGAAAUGGAAACAGUCAAAGAAUUGGCCACUCCUUUGUUGUCGAGAGCUAAAGUGUUGGGGAAAGAGCCGAGCUCGGAAAUGAUCUUCUCCAGCCUUAGGACUUCCAAGACGGCCUGGAUUGCGGAUGAAGUUCAUCCUUUGAUGGAUAGACUCGCCCGAAGGAUUUCCCUCAUUACCGGUUUAAAAACCAACUCUUCGCGGGGCGAUGCAGAGAUUCUUCAGGUGGCUAAUUAUGGAAUUGGUGGACAUUAUUCUCCUCAUCACGACUACCUGUUGAAAAGCAAAACAGAUGCAGAAAUGGAGAAACUCUCUCCCCGGGAUAAGGCCAUGGGCGAUAGGAUCGCCACUUUCAUGUUUUACCUCAACGAUGUGGAGCGAGGAGGGUCAACUGCAUUCCCGCGGGCGGGUGUGGCUGUCAGACCCGUCCGAGGCGGAGCCGCAUUUUGGUACAAUUUGAAACGUAACGGAUUAGGUAAUCCCGACACACUUCAUGGGGCUUGCCCUGUCCUUUUGGGUCACAAGUGGGUUAGCAACAAAUGGAUUCGAGAAAUAGUUCAGACGUUCAACAGAGGCUGCCUAACUGAUCCGACAAAAUAACCCGCGACGCCUGUAUAACAUUUCAGCAUUCGAAUACAUAUUUAGCGUUAUUCUACGUUGUUCUUAAUGGGCAAUCGUUUUGUAUAAUUCCACAAUCCCAGAAGAAGUGGAACCAUAUGAUCUUAAUUGUUUAAAUUCAACUUUGAAUUAUGACUUGUAGAAUUGGCAAUGUGUUUUCUUAAAAAACAGAAAGUACAACGUUAACAUUUUACGACGUCGGCAUUAUUUAUAAAUCUCUAAUACUAUUUGGUGGGACAAAUAAACGAUUCAAAACAUUA